UAGCCCUGGGGACCUGGCCCGAGAUUGCCUCCACUCCCAGAAGGCCUAGUUGCACCCAUGCACCGCAGUUCCUCGAGCGAAGUUUCUUUGAUCCGCAUGGCCAAAAUUGGCAUCUCAUAAUCAUCACUCAGGUGUACUUUGUCGUGGCACAAGAGGCGCCGUUGAGAGGGUGGGAAGGCGUUGGACGGAGCCCUUCUGUAGGUCACACCCAGCUCUCAUGCUUGGCAUUCAUACUCCAAUGCUAGCUGCUCCAGUUACUUUAGAUCUUUGACCCCGUCAAUGUGACUUGGGAAGUCAAGGACAAAGACCUAUAAUUACAAGUGGCAUUGCAGAGUUUUAGUAAUUUGCAAAACAUGGUCUUGGAAAUCGUUUACGUUAUGUUUUGAUGCAACUAGUAAUGGUAAUUAAGGAUUUACCCGAGUCCACUUCAACAGAGCAGCACAAAGAAGUUCUUUAAACUCCUUUCCUGCAUGAGCGAUGGAUGGACUGUAUAUAAGGUUGUUGCCAGGAGCUAAUAGACAAUGUCUGGGAUGAGGCCUUGUGGUAACAGUCCCACAAACAUCUGCGUCCAGCAUUGAAGCUGUAGCUCCAGGAGUGGAGUUAUCUGAGCUCUGUCUUGGUCUCAGCAAGAGGGUGUUGUAACGCUGAACGUUGAUUUCUGAAUGGGGCCAUUGGUUAUCUUUAUGGCAGGAAACGUACGUGUAAAGAAAGUCUGGCAUGACUGACAAAUGUCAUUAGUAUGAUUUUGGUUUUUGCCCUAGCACUACACCGCUGAUUCAAAUAAUCAAAGUUCGAUGAUGAGUUGGUUAUUUGAAUCAUAAAUUCCUUCUUGCAUUUUUCAAUCUUGCAUUUAUCUUAUUGAGUUAGCACCUUGUAAUAUUUUGAAAUGUGGGCUUUUAUUUUGAAGGUUUCCUCAUUACCUUAGGAAAGUGACAUCUUCGUUAGUUUUGCUAGCAGAAAAAUAGUGAAGACCUCCUAGCUAGCCAAAUACAAUGACAAGGUGAUUGCAUCUAAUUAGUCACUUCAACUGGUCAUCAGCGUGCACUGGAUGCUGUGUAGGCAUAUGCGUUAUUGUCGUAAAGCGCUCGGCAGCAGGAGGUGGAGAGGGUUUGCAGUCUCGUGCCACAGUCCGGGAUGGACACCUGGACACCGAAUCCUCGAGCGAAACCGUUCAUCCCUCGCCAGCAACGGAGCCUCUACCUCACCUGGAAGUACAAAUUAACUAACAAGCGAGCUCUUCGUCGAGGCUGCCAGGCUGGAGCGGUUCUAUUUCUGCUGGUCACAGUCAUUGUGAAUAUCAAACUCAUCUUAGACACAAGAAGAGUAGCCAAUGAGGAAGAGGCAGUACAGGAGUAUGACGAAGCCCUGCCCAACAUGGAGACCCCGCGCAAGCCGGCGAGCGGUAGGAAGGUCCUGGACAUUGAGGUGUACUCCAGCCGCUCCAAAGUCUAUGUGGCAGUGGACGGCACCACUGUGUUAGAGGAUGAAAUGCGGGAGCAGGGCCGAGGCAUUCACGUGAUAGUCCUCAACCAGGCUACCGGCCAUGUGAUGGCCAAGAGGAUAUUUGACACCUACUCUCCCCAUGAGGACGAAGCCAUGAUCCUCUUCCUCAACAUGGUGACACGUGGCAGAGUCCUCAUCUUCACCAUCAAGGAUGAGGGUACGUUCCACCUGAAAGAGUCCGCUAAAAACCUGCUGAAGGGGCUGGGGAGCCAGGCUGGCCUCAACCUCAGCUGGAGAGACAUGUGGACCUUGGUGGUGAAGAAAGGAGGUCAGUUGUAUGGGGAGAAACACUCCAAGUCCCCAGCCCUGUCCACCUGGGGAGACCCUGUUCUACUGAAGACUGAGGUGCAGCUCACUGCUUCUGAAGAUGCAGAGUGCCAUUGGGCCGACACAGAGCUGAACAGGAGGAGGAAACUCUUCUGCAGUAAGGUGGAGGGCUAUGGCAGCAUCUGUAGCUGCAAGGACCCGGCCCCCAUAGAGUUCAACCCAGACCCACUCCCCAACAACAAUGUGUUCAGUGUUCCUGUGGCUGUCAUCGCUGGGAACAGACCUAACUAUCUGUACAGGAUGCUGAGGUCUCUGCUCUCGGCCCAGGGGGUCAACCCACAGAUGGUCACAGUCUUCAUCGAUGGAUACUAUGAGGAGCCCAUGGAUGUGGUGGAGCUGUUUGGACUGAAGGGGGUUCAACACACUCCCAUCAGCAUCAAGAAUGCCAGAGUAUCACAGCAUUACAAAGCCAGUCUCACUGCAACCUUCAACCUACACCCAGAUGCCAACUUUGCCGUAGUCCUGGAGGAAGACCUGGAUAUCUCCAUAGAUUUCUUCAGUUUCCUGAGCCAGACCGUCCAUCUGCUCAACGAGGACGACAGCCUGUACUGCAUCUCAGCCUGGAACGACCAGGGUUAUGAGCACACAGCAGAGGACCCAGCUCUCCUCUACAGAGUGGAGAGUAUGCCAGGCCUGGGCUGGGUGCUGAAGAAGAGCCUUUACAAGGACGAACUGGAGCCCAAGUGGCCCACGCCUGAGAAGCUGUGGGACUGGGACAUGUGGAUGCGUAUGCCAGAACAGAGGAAAGGCAGAGAGUGUAUCAUCCCUGACGUGUCCCGCUCCUACCACUUUGGCAUCAUCGGACUCAACAUGAACGGCUACUUCCACGAAGUGUAUUUCAAGAAGCACAGGCUCAACACGGUUCCUAAUGUCCAGCUGAAGAAUGUAGACGGCUUGAAGAAAGAUGCCUACGAGCUGGAGAUUCAGAACUUACUUAAGGAGGCUGAGGUGCUGGACCAUAGUAAGAACCCAUGUGAAGACUUGUUCAUCCCUGAUACAGAGGGGAAGACCUACGUCAUGUACGUCAAGAUGGAGCUGGAGACCGACACAUCCACCUGGACUGAGCUCGCCAAGUGUCUCCAUGUGUGGGAUCUGGAUGUGAGAGGGUACCACAACGGCCUAUGGAGGCUCUUCAGGAAGAGGAACCAUGUCCUGGUUGUGGCCGUUCCUAUCUCGCCAUACUCUGCGAAGAAGCCAGCGAACGUUACACCCAUCCACCUAGAGCCUCCACCCAAAGAAGAGGGAGCCCCAGUGGAGCAGCGGUAGCCCAACUCCUCCACACACCCUCUCACAAUGCUCUCGACUGGUAUUAAGGUCAUUCUUGCAGGGGCUUGUGGCGUCGGAGAGCCGUUGUCUUUACACUACACCAUUCAGAGGG